AUGCACGGUCUUUCUGCUUUGGACAAACAAGUAUUCGGUUAUGUUGAUUUGGGUGCAUCGACGGAGAAUCUGACUGUUGAAGAAAUGAAACACGCUGUUCACGGUUGGAAAUCGAUGGGUGCAAAAGGAAUAUUUUGGGAUGAUGCCGGCUUCGAUUACCGUGUAACACGAGAACGACAAUCACAAAUGUUGGAUUUUUGUCAUGAAUUAAAUUUAGCAUGUAUUAUGAAUGCGUGA